UUGUCAGUGUCCGGGGAGAGCAGCGGCCGUCAGUCCGUCCUGUCUGCUGAGAACUCUGUAGGUUCUUCUGUCAUGGACGGCUCUGGAAAAACACCCGUUAAAUAUACAGAAGGGGUGAAAGAAGAUUUGAAGGCAGCUGAGGCGGCUUCGUCCGCUCAGGGCUCGUGCCUGGGGAGGAUGAGGGGCUUCAUCCCGCAGGAAUACCGGAAUGAGCUCGUGCAACUUUUUAAACUAGCGGGACCAGUGGUUAUUUCCCAGACUAUGAUCUUCAUGAUCAGUUUCGUCAGCACUGUGUUCUGUGGUCACCUGGGAAAAACUGAACUUGCAGGAGUAUCGUUAUCAAUUGCGGUGGUAAAUGUCACCGGUAUCUCCAUUGGGUCUGGUUUGUCAUCAACUUGUGAUACCCUCAUAUCUCAGACGUAUGGGAGCGGUAACUUGAAGCGUGUUGGUGUGAUUCUCCAGAGGGGGAUUCUGAUUCUGCUGCUGGCCUGUUUCCCCUGCUGGGCCAUCCUCAUCAACACUGAACCCCUCCUGCUCGCUGUGAAACAGAGCCCAGAGGUGGCCAGUCUCACCCAGAUGUAUGUGAAGAUCUUCAUGCCUGCCCUGCCGGCUGCUUUUAUGUACCAGUUGCAAGGGAGGUAUCUUCAAAAUCAGGGAAUCAUAUGGCCUCAGGUUGUAACUGGAGCAGUUGGAAAUGUCUUCAACGCAAUCAUCAACUACAUCUUGCUGUAUCGUCUGGAUUUGGGUGUUGCUGGAUCUGCGGCAGCCAAUGCUAUCUCACAGUAUUUGCUGGCUGUGAUCUUGUACAUUUACAUCUGCUGGAGGGGUCUGCAUAAGGCCACAUGGGGAGGUUGGUCGAUGGACUGUCUGCAGGAGUGGGGUCCCUUUAUCAAACUGGCCAUACCCAGCAUGCUCAUGCUUUGUCUGGAGUGGUGGGUGUUUGAAAUGGGAGGAUUCCUGGCCGGAGUGAUUAGUGAGACUGAGCUGGGAGCUCAGUCUAUAGCAUAUGAGCUGGCAGUUGUAGCUUACAUGUUCCCGUUGGGAUUGUCUGUUGCUGCCAGUGUGCGGGUUGGGAAUGCUCUUGGUGCAGGAAACAUAGCGCAGGCCAAGCUGUCUUGCAAAGUCCCCAUCAUGUGUGCAUUCAUAAUUGCAUGUAUUGUUGGAGCCAGUUUUGCCAUCGCCAGAAAUGUCAUUGGAUACAUUUUCACUUCAGAGCCAGAAAUUUUACAGAGGGUUGCUGACGUCCUGAUCAUAUUUUGUUUCACACAUCUUGCUGAUGCCAUUGCGGGCGUGGCUGGAGGUGUUCUCAGAGGAGCAGGAAAACAGUUGAUUGGUGCUCUGUGUAACCUGGUGGGAUUCUACUUCAUUGGCUUUCCUAUUGGUGUGUCUCUCAUGUUUGCAGCAAACAUGGGCAUUGUAGGACUAUGGACUGGACUGACCAUUUGUGUGGGUGUGCAGUCCCUUUUCUUCCUCACAUAUCUGUGGAAACUUGAUUGGAAGAAGGCUGUUGAAGAGGCUCUUGUGAGAGCUGGAGUCCAGAUCAAAGAAGAAAAAGUGAUGGUCAGCAUGAAAAAUACAGACUCAAAUCAGAACCAGGCUCAGAUCAGUACUAUUACAUCGAGCUGUGUGACUGCUGAGGAGGACUACACAUACCAGGAGGUGCAUAUUGCAGACCAAAAUAAAUCCACUACCACUACAGUAGGGGAUGUUCUGUCAAUAACACAGCUGGUUUUACGGCGUGGCCUCACAUUGCUGCUCAUGGUCGCCAUCCUCGUUGCUGGAAUCUUCAUCAGCGACUUCCUCGUCAAGUUGCUAAAAUAACUCCUCUGAUUAUGUAAAUCUGGCAGUCUGACUGAUGGUUGUCAGGAUUCAUAGCAUAAAGUUCCAAUUAAACAAUAUGUUCAUGGUAACUCUAAAUCACAGUGUAAUGCUAUAGGGUUACCGUACUGUUGAUCCCACUGAGGAUCAACGCUGGAGGCUGUAGUUUUGUGCAGACUUUAGCCACUCUAUGACAGAGAGCCAAAUUAAACAAGGUUAUAAGGGCGGAAUAUCUAGCAAGCAAAACAGACUUUAUUUUUGAGUGGUUAGCUGACUUAACCAGGGCGAGUGUUUGGACUUUAAUGGGAUGCUCAUGUUCUGUUUCUGUUAAAUGUUGGAGUAACAUCAGGCAGGUAUCUGCCUACAUGAUAGCCAUAACAAAUUUGAUGAAUGAUGGGGCAGUACUUUAUGUCAUCGCUUUUUUCUGUGAUUUUGUUUUGAAAUCAACUCGUGAACCCUAGAGAGUAACAAUUGCUUAAUGCAACUUUAAUUUGUUCAGGCGUGCCGUGUUUGUCCCACUCUGUUUGUCUCACACUAUUCAGUAGCUCAGGUAGGGUUUAAUAAAAAAAAAUCUGAGAAAUUCCGUUUUGAUUUUAGAGGAACAUUUUGAAAUGUUUACACACUGUGCCUUGGACAAAUAUGUAAAUUAAUAUAAAGUGCAAAAACUUAAAGGUAAGUGUAUUUGUAGGCAUUAUAGGUAAACAGUGACGUCAUACGCCCCACAGUGGGACACCUAAGUCUUUGUAACUUUAUGUAACAUUAGUACUCAAUAUUUUGUCAUCAAAAGCAAAACAUAAAAACUCUAAAAAAAAA